AACUUUCACGUGAUUCUUGUUUAAUUCACGUUAAUUUUCAGUCGGCGAUCAAGCAAUUUUCUCUUUCAACAACUCAACUCAAUCAAGCAAUUAUCUGUGGUGAUUUUUAGGGGAUUAAUCUGGUGAUGUAUCUCUAGCGCUAAUUCAUGGAAACUAAAACAUGUCGUCCUUAAGGUGAAAAAUAUAACACGUCUUGUACGUGUACGGAAUCAUUCUAUUACAUUUUUCCGGAUCCUAACGUUUUUGCCUUCCUGCUUUACAUUAAUUAUAAUGCGGCUUUAAAAGUCGACCACGUUUUACUAUCCACGUUUGGAUCCUUAUAUAUACCAAACUGAAUCUCCUUGUAUCUUUAAGCCCGGAAAAUUCAGAGAACAAGAAAAAACAAAAACGCACGCAAGGUUCCGUCGGAACUCCGCCUAUCGUCGGCGAAUCUCCGGUGAAUUCUCUUGGAAAAAAGCCGAUGGCCUUGGAAACAAAUUAUCAAAGCGGUUGGAGCAGAUUUGGACUUCUGAACAUUUUAGCAAGUGAAAAAUGUGAAAGUUACUUGGUUUUUCGGGGUGAAACAGGUCUUAGUGUUGGAUUUAGGACAUUCUUGUAUUUUCUUGGUCUGGCUUAUUGCUUCAUUGGAUUAUCAGCUAUAACUGGUCGUUUUUUCCGGUCUAUGGAGAAUGUAGUGAAGCAUUCGCGUAAGGUUGUGGAGAUAGAUCCUUAUAGUAAUACUGAAGUUAUUAGAUACGAGAAGGUCUGGAAUUAUACAAUUGCAGAUAUCUCUUUGUUGGCUUUUGGAACUAGUUUCCCUCAGAUAUCUUUAGCUACUAUUGAUGCUAUACGCAACAUUGGGAACUUGUAUGCUGGAGGAUUGGGUCCUGGAACGCUUGUUGGUUCUGCUGCAUUUGACCUUUUCCCCAUCCACGCUGUUUGUGUGGUGGUUCCUAAAGCUGGAGAAUUGAAAAAGAUAUCUGAUUUAGGAGUUUGGCUUGUGGAGCUCUUUUGGUCUUUCUGGGCUUAUGUUUGGCUCUACAUAAUUUUAGAGGUAUGGACUCCCAAUGUAAUUACACUGUGGGAGGCCUUACUGACAGUGCUGCAAUAUGGUUUGCUGCUUACACAUGCUUAUGCUCAAGAUAAGCGUUGGCCUUACUUAUCUCUUCCAAUUGAAAGAACUGAGAGGCCUGAGGAGUGGGUGCCAGAAGAGGCUACUUCAGAUAAACAUCAGCACAAUGCUUAUGAAGAGUACUCUGAGAUAGUUCAAGUUAGUGAAGAAGAUAGCCGGAAUAUUGUUGAUAUUUUUUCUAUCCAUUCACCAGUUGGGACAGAUCCAGUGUAUCAGAAAGUGCCUGAAACAGACGAAGCAGCUGAAUCCUCCAACAAUUAUUCUCUCAGUGAGAAAGAUCUUGAUGUGGUUGCUCUUUGGAAACAGCAAUUUGUGGACGCAAUCAUGCAUAUACUGGUGACUAAAAUCUAUUUCCAUAAGCAGUUGGAAAGGCCGGAAUCAAGAAAAUUAAUCAAUUCUCAUUUGCGGCUGGCAAGAAUUUCCUGGCAAUUAUUCCUUGUACCUUGGAGACUUCUGUUUGCUUUCGUGCCCCCUUAUCACAUAGCUCAUGGAUGGAUUGCCUUUAUCUGCUCUCUACUUUUCAUCAGUGGGAUAGCCUACAUUGUAACGCAGCUCACUGAUCUUAUUAGCUGCGUAACAGGAAUAAAUGCUUAUGUCAUUGCUUUUACGGCAUUAGCUGCUGGUACUUCAUGGCCAGACUUGGUGGCGAGUAAGAUUGCCGCCGAACGCCAAAUAACCGCAGAUUCUGCGAUUGCGAACAUCACUUGCAGCAAUUCCGUGAACAUAUAUGUGGGCAUAGGUGUUCCAUGGCUGAUAGAUACUGCCUACAAUUUCUUUGCAUACAGAGAACCCUUGCGGGUUCAGGAUGCCGCGGGACUCAGCUUCUCAUUGCUUGUUUUCUUCUCUACUUCUGUGGGUUGUAUUGCCGUUCUUGUGUAUAGGCGUUUGACACUAGGUGCAGAACUUGGAGGACCAAGGAUUUGGGCCUGGGUAACAAGCGUAUAUUUUAUGUUUCUAUGGCUUAUUUUUGUUGUGCUGUCCUCCCUCAGAGUUUCUGGCAUCAUUUGAUAGGAUAUAUAUUGUUCAUUAGUAUUAUUUUUUCCUGUCUCUUUCCUGGCCCAUAUUAUAUUUUUAGGUUAUAUGAUCUAUUCAAUUGUAUCAUUUAUACAUUGCAUUUUAAGAGAUGUUAGAACUCCCUUUGUAUUUUCCAUCAUGUAAAUGCUACAGAAUUCCUACUUCACCCAUAAACAUUGUAUACUAUGUUUAUUCUAUCCGCUA